AUGCAUGGGGAUUUGAUUGAACCUCGAGCUAUUAUCGCUGUUGCUGUUGGUAUUGUCGUCGGUAUUGAUGUUGAUGUUGAUGUUGAUGUCGAUGAUAAUGAUGGUGAUGGUGAUGAUAAUGUUGAUGUUGAUGUUGAUGUCAAGAAUGGAAAUAGAAAUGGAAAUGGAAAUGUUCACUGGCGCUGGUCAUCGAUACCUACCUACCUGCCUACCACCCACGAGCUCGCACAGACACUUUAUUAUUUUAGCUGGGAGUACGGUAGGUAG